GUCCUGGUCUUCCUCGGAGCCACAGCAGGGGGCCCUGGCAGCUGCCCGUCCGCCUCCUUGAGAUGGGUCAAGCGCGGGUGGGGCCGGGAGGGCGCGAAGACCCGCUUCUCCCGGGGCUCCCUCAGCUCCGAGCCCGCAGCAGGUGCCUCGCGCCCGUCCCCAAGCCCCCCGGGAUUGCUGCGGGCGCAGAGCCGGGAGACCCAGCUUGCACGCCCGCGGGGAUCUGGGGGUGCGCGCGGGGGCGCGAGGGCGCACGCCCGGGACACUCGCGCGGAAAACGUCCCCGGGCUCGGGAGCGCUGCCCGACAGGUCUCGUCGGCGGGUCUCCCCGUUUCGGGGGCCGGGGGAACGGCGCCCGGCCGCUGCCCCCCGGGCUCUGGCGGCGGGUGCCUUGCCGGUCCCUCGCCCCUCCCUCCGCGCCGCUCCCCCGCCCGCCGCCAGUCCCCGCCGCCCAGCGCCCGAGCUCGCGGGGGACACAGGCGUCGGCGUGGCCAUGCGCCCCCCGCGCCGCCCCCCCGCGCUCCCGCCGGCGCUGCCGCGGCGCUCGGGCUCUGCUGCCUCCUGCUGCUGCCCGGCCCGGGGCGCCCGUGCCCCGCGGGCUGCGCCUGCAGCGACCCGCACACCGUGGACUGUCGCGACCGCGGGUGCCCAGCGUGCCCGACCCCUUCCCCCCUGGACGUGCGCAAGCUGCUGGUGGCCGGCAACCGCAUCCAGCGCAUCCCCGAGGACUUCUUCAUCUUCUACGGCGACCUGGUGUACUUGGACUUCAGGAACAACUCGCUGCGCUCGCUGGAGGAGGGCACGUUCAGCGGCUCGGCCAAGCUCGCCUUCCUCGACCUCAGCUACAACAACCUGACCCAGCUGGGGGCCGGCGCCUUCCGCUCGGCGGGGAGGCUGGUCCGCCUGAGCCUGGCCAACAACCGCCUGGCCGGCGUGCACGAGGACGCCUUCGAGACCCUCGAGUCGCUGCAGGUCCUGGAGCUCAAUGACAACAACCUGCGCAGCCUCAGCGUGGCCACCCUGGCCGCACUGCCCGCGCUGCGCACCCUGCGCCUGGACGGGAACCCUUGGCUCUGCGACUGCGACUUUGCCCAUCUCUACACCUGGAUCCAGGAGAACGAGUCCAAGCUGCCCAAAGGCCUGGAAGAAAUCCAGUGCUCGCUGCCCAUGGAGAACAGGAGGGUGUUCCUGCACGAGCUCUCCGAAGCCAGCUUCAGCGAGUGUAAGUUCAGCCUCUCACUCACGGACCUGUUCAUCAUCAUCUUCUCGGGAGUGGCCGUGUCCAUUGCUGCCAUCAUCUCCAGCUUCUUCCUGGCCACCGUGGUGCAGUGCUUCCAGAGGUGCACCCCCAACAAGGACACUGAGGACGAUGAUGAGGAUGAGGAUGACUGAGACGCUCCUCCCAUUCCUCGCCUUCUAGUGCCCAUGUUGGGGGCUGCCUUCGAAAAGAGACGGAAAGGCUGAAAGAGAAAAAAGGAAUAAAAAAAAUCCCCACUAGUGCCCAGGGCAGCCCUUGCUUCGGGACCGGCUGCCCUCCUCCCCCAAGAAACCAGUGGGACCUGUCAUCUCGGAGUUUAGGUUCUGCAGAGCAGAGAAGCCCAGGAAGAGUGCCUGGAGGAAGCCCUGCCUCCAAGUUCUAGGUGUGUGUGUGAGGGGAGGUAAUGGCCAAAUCAGGUUCAGAGUUGCCAGCUGAGAAGCAACCCGGGGAACGUGAGGCUUGUGGCACAACAGAGCAGAGACCAUCCUGGGCUCCCCGUGUCUCACCUGCACUGGGAAACCAGACACGCCUUCUCGCUCUGUAGGUGCUGCAUUUCAGACAGUGGAGUUGCAUGUCCAGGCCCCUCUCCUCUCUCUGGGGGUGUGAUUUUUAUUUCCCCCUUUUGGCUUCAGCAGCAUUGGGAUAUCAUGCAGAGAGCAAACUUACUUUCGGGUAAAAUGGUUCCUAAGAAACAGUCAAGAACUAGCCAAGGGAUGCUUGCUGUUUGAUCUUGGCGAGUGGGCUGGGGCAACCUUUGUCAAUGGAACUCAAAUCUGAUCCAUCGCCUAAAAAAGUAGCAGCUCACAGAAGCCCUCUGUUCUGUUCCGACAACUGGGAAGACUCUGCUUAGAGUCACUCUUCCCUUCGAAGUCCUGCCAGCCACCUGGUUUUCUUCUUGUGUCUGCCACUCCACCUGCCCUGAGGAUCUUCUGCGUACUUCCUGUGCUGGCCCCGUGUCCCUCUUGUCAUCUGCAUUUGCGCCAAACUUUCCCAGAGGCCAGCAUUCCAAUAGGCAAGUUGCAUCAGACCAACAAAAUGUGAAAGCAAAUGAACAAUCUGGGACGUGGCUUCUAAAGAGACCUUUGGUGGUGGCCUGAGGGUGGGUGUGACAUUUCUUUGGAGCAUGGGCUGCGACAGGCAGUGUUUUCCAGGAGGUGGAAUGCAACCCUUUUGCAUUUAUCAGUGACAGUGUGAAGCAAUGUCAUACGGGUUAAUGCAAACUGACAUGUGUUCGUGGCUCUGGGCCUUGUUGGGGCUGAGAACUUGAAUGAGGGGUUUAAGAGAAACCUUUGGGAUAGUCUGGGAAGCACCUCUCCUUGUUUCUCAAAUAUAUUCCUUUUGUUUCCUUUGUUCA